AUGAGAAAACUGAGGGAGGAAAUAAAAGAGCUAAGGGAGGAAAUAAGAGAGUGGAGAUUAGAAGAGCGCAGAGAAAGAACGGAGAACACAAGAGGGGAGAAAGAAGAAGGAAAAGAGAAAAAGGAGGAUGAAGAAAAGAAGUGCAAGGGUGCAGAAAAAGAAGAAAGCAGGAGUAUGGAAAGGCAACUGGAUGCAGUCAUCUCGGGAUCAGUAGAAAGGGCAGUGUCCGCCCGGGUAGAAUGCAUCCAGCAAGAGAUGAUGCGACACGCGGCCGCAGUGGUGCAUCUGAGUCAGGCAUUCUCGGGGCGGCGCAACCCAUAUCGAUGGUCUCGCCGAAGGCUAACACGACCGAGACGAACAAGAACAGCCUCAGCACCACCGCAGCCACGUUAUCAGCAGCCUCCACCCCUAAUGGAGAUGCAAACACACCCGCCAGGCCAGCAACAACAACAACAACAAGAACAUCAACAACAACAUCAACAACCACAGCCAAUUCACCUCCAAUACCCAACUUAUCAGCCAUCCUACCCAUAUCCGACCUAUUCGACUUAUACGGCCUAUCCGCAUUAUCCGUACCCCCCGCAUUACCCCGCACCGCAUCCAUACAACCAGCUAUACGCACCCACCUAUCCACCCUCAUAUCCCCCCCCAGCGUACACCUAUCCGUCACAUCCCCGCUAA